AUGGCAUUUGUAUAUUACAAAUACUACAAUUCAGAGGCUCCGGUGAAUAAGUCGAAGAUCGAGACAAAGGAUGGCGUCUUUCGAACACCAAAACCAACUCAGCAAACCUUGUGCUUCGUCUCAAAUCAUAUGGUGGCAGCUGUGGAAAGCCUUGUCAGCGAGGUGCCUGAUUUUGGGGUGUACUUCCCGCAUUUUGAUACUUUGAACGACAUCCAGGCUCCCUAUCUGUUCAUGUACUAUUCCUUGCCUUUCAUGCCUGACAUUCUACCCAAACUAGACCCUCUAAGUCGAAACCUCCUGCAGGAACUGCAAAAAACUAUAGAUGAGAGCCAUGGAUGGGAAUACGCCUCAGCGAACGCCAAAGCUGGGAAGGGUCUGGUCGCUCGGCAUCUUGUCAAGUACCUCAUCAAGCCAGGAGACGUUUUAGUUGAUAUACAAGGCCUAGAGACUCAAGCAUAUCAGGCUCUGGAGUGGGCUGAGGAACUGCCCCCAGAUGACGACGGCGACCGGGAAGACUAUGAAGAUUACGACAUCUCACGCAGGAAAAUUCCCCUAAAACGGGGACCAAAAUCUCAGAGUAACGAUGUGCGGAAAAAGCUGAGAUAUAAAUGGAGGUUACCCGUUUCGUCUUGGAGAUUUGAUGGACACUUUGAGAUGCAUAAAGAGGUCAUAUUCAUCAAUAUGAAGGUUGCAUAUGAGGACCAGGAAGUUCCAAUAAAUCAACUCAGCAUAUUUCCGCUUGCCUUUGCGCCGAAAGGCGUGCGAAAUACGCUCGAACAAAGGGGACGCAUGUUCUGGAAGCUUAGACACGGGAAAUUUGUCUCAUAUCAGCUAGACGAGGACGGGGGAUUAAGCAAUAUCGAUAAGAGAUACAUGGUUGACAUAGAAACAUACAAGAAACUUCACCCACGGUCCGAUGUGAACCGAUAUAGGCUCAGGGCCGACCUUGACGCCAAAGAGAUGGCAGACCCCGAGCCACCUGGAGGAAAUUUGAUACUCCUGUUCCCUUCGAAGAUUGCAGGCUAUAACUUACAUCGGAAAAAAUGGCUUGAUUUGUACGUGGACCGAGUAACGGACAUUAUCUGGAACAAGCAGGCAUUUAAAGAUCUUGUCGUAGACGAAGAGACAAAGGUGCUUGUGCAAGCCCUUGUUACGAACCAACUUGUUGCUGAGAAAUCAACGGACUCGAUCAGUGGCAAGGGAAACGGACUCAUCAUCCUUCUCCACGGAGCGCCCGGCACAGGCAAGACCUUCACUGCCGAAGGUGUGGCAGAGUUUGCAGAGAAACCCCUAUUCCGUGUGACCUGCGGCGAUGUCGGAACGGUAGCAGAGACCGUUGAGCAGUACCUGCAAUCUGCUUUCCAUCUUGGGAGGAUCUGGGAUUGCGUCGUUCUUUUAGAUGAAGCAGAUGUCUUCCUUGAAGAACGCGAUAUGAAGGAUCUCAACCGGAAUGCUUUGGUAUCCGUCUUUCUACGCGCUCUCGAGUACUACAACGCGAUUUUGAUCCUCACCUCAAACCGCGUGGGGACUUUUGACGAAGCUUUCAAAUCCCGCAUUCAGCUUGCUUUGCAUUAUGAAAACUUGACCGUCAGCCAACGUCGGAAAAUCUGGCGAAAUUUUAUCAACCGCCUCAGAACUUUUGAGGAUCCGAACGCUGAUUUCGAUGACAUCAUGGACCAUAUCGACGAUCUCAGUAAGAAGGACAUGAAUGGUCGAGAGAUCAGAAAUGCUAUCACCACAGCAAGGCAGCUCGCCCAGUUCAAGGGUGCACCAUUUUGCUAUUCCCAUCUCAAUCAUGUCAUUGGAGUCAGCAGCAGAUUUGGAAAGUAUUUGAAGGACCUGAGGGACGGAUUGACCGAUGACGACCUCAAGCGAGAUAGUGGUCUGAGAUAA